AUGUCUGUGGUAAAGGGAUCUCAGUUGCAAUCACCAUCGUCGACUCCGCACAACGCUCAGAUGCAGCCGUCCGAUACCAGUCUUGCCCGACCUGAGGCCGUGCCAGCUCCUGAUCGAUUUAUUGGAUUCAGGGAGAAGAUCUCACAGCCUGUUCUCGCGGCAUUUUGCGCGGGUGGUAUUGCUGGUGCCGUUUCGAGAACAGUGGUCUCACCGCUUGAACGGUUGAAAAUCCUGUUGCAGGUCCAAAGUGCAGGGCGGGAUGCCUACAAACUGUCUGUUGGGCAGGCUUUGGGUAAGAUGUGGAAGGAGGAAGGAUGGAGGGGGUUCAUGCGCGGGAACGGAACGAAUUGCAUUCGUAUUGUGCCCUAUUCUGCUGUUCAGUUUAGCAGUUAUAAUUUUUAUAAACGGAAUAUCUUCGAAUCAUAUCCAGGACAGGAGCUUGCUCCCUUUACCCGGCUGAUAUGUGGUGGUAUCGCCGGCAUUACCUCCGUCUUUUUCACAUACCCACUCGACAUCGUUCGAACGAGACUGUCUAUUCAGACGGCCAGCUUCGCCGAGUUGGGAUCAAAACCUGCACAUAUGCCCGGCAUGUGGGCCACCAUGGUUCAGAUGUAUAGGACCGAGGGCGGUAUAGCAGCAUUGUAUCGUGGUAUCGUCCCGACUGUUACUGGUGUUGCCCCAUAUGUCGGCCUAAACUUUAUGGUCUAUGAAUCUGUCAGAAAAUACUUGACGUACGAUGGCGAGCAGAACCCCAGCGCAUCAAGAAAAUUGUUGGCAGGUGCCAUAUCCGGAGCUGUUGCUCAAACAUUCACCUAUCCGUUUGACGUACUCCGAAGACGCUUCCAGAUCAACACCAUGUCCGGCAUGGGAUACCAAUACAAGGGCGUACUUGACGCCAUCCGCGUCAUUGUUGGCCAAGAAGGCCUCCGCGGCCUCUACAAAGGCAUCGUGCCCAACUUGCUCAAGGUUGCUCCCAGCAUGGCGUCAAGCUGGCUGAGCUUCGAAAUGACGCGCGACUUCCUGACCGGCUUAAAGCCGGAAGUGAGCCCGGCGGCCUUGUAA